AUGCAAACAGUUGGUGUUUUGAAAUAUUUGGUAGAAAAUAGGCCGAAAGAAGAAACUCAGUAUAAUGUAGUAACUGGAAAUUCAUGUGGUUCAAUUAAUGCUCUUUCUUUCGCUCAAUUUCCAAUAGGAAAAGAGAAAGAUGCCAUUCAAUUCAUUCUGGACAAGUGGCAUUCCAUCAAAUCCUCAGAUGUAUACACAGAGUGGAAACCAUUCGGAUUAGCACAAGGUUUCCUAUACGAAUCAGGACUAUUCAACACUGCUCCUCUCUACCAAUAUCUAUAUCAAAACAUUAAUGAUUCCACACUUCUCCACACAUCCCCAAUUCCAACUUCGAAUAGAUAUUGGCGAAUUGGUGCCUCAAAUCUUAGAAAAUUCUCAUAUCGUGUCUUUACUAAUGACAAUGUCAAAACGAAAAAGGAUUUGAUUCGAGCAAUUGUUGCAUCCUCAGCUAUUCCUGGAAUAUUCCCAGCUGUUGAUAUUGAUGGAGAGUUGUACGUUGAUGGUGGAAUGAAAUACAUGACUCCAAUAAGUGAUGCCAUUGAAAAGUGUAAGAAUCUCACUAGGAAAGUUUACAAUAAUUACACUUCAUUAAAAUCCAAUGGAGACAGAUUGUCUCCCCAUGAAAAGGUUCAGGGUAGGAUUACAAUUGAUGUGAUUCUAGCUAUCAAUUCAGUUCCUUAUCCGAAAUUAUUCGAAUUCAAUACCACACCUUUCAUUCUAUUAGAAACAAUUUAUAACUCUGCAAUGGAUAUCUUGUUGAGAGAUUUGGAAAAUGCUCGAUUAAUUUACAAGGACGAUCCAAAUGUGCAAAUAAGAGCCUUCCUACCUAAACAUUGGCUUCCAGGUUACUUCAUCGGAUUUAAUGCUAAGGAAAUUAGUGAUAUGAUUGAUAAGGGUUUUUCAUCUGCUCAGCAAUAUUUCAAUUCAACCCGAACAGAAAUUCAUAUUCAUCAUAAAUAA